CCGACACCUGAAGGGACGGAGGCGGGCGCGGGAGCCCCGACAGGCAGCAGCGAAGGAGCGGGGCGGUCGGUCCAACGCAUGGCCCCGCCGUGAGGGGCUGGACCCAGUGCCUGGGACCGGCAGCGGUCUAGUGGAGUCCCAGGAGCAGCCAGCACGGGGUAGAAGCAGCGCCUGCCAUGGAUGAGGAAAAGCUCCUAUCUGGACUGCCUGGGGAAGAUGGUGCCACCUGGGACCCCAGCCUGGAGCCUGCGGAGGAACCUGGGGUCCAGAACAGAAUGGCAGUCAGUGAGGACCUGAACAGCAGCCACAGCAGCCCAGGGCAUGAGAUAAGGGGCACCCUGCGGGACACUGAGGAGCCCAUGCAGGGCCUGGGCGUGGCCCUCCACGGCCUCAGCCUCGGCCUCUCUCUCACCAAUGGCCUAGCCCUGGGGCCAGAAUCGGACAUUCUUGAAGAUUCUACAGAGCCCGGGCCCUGGAGGGCUGGUGGGCCGGCCGAAGACGACGAUGGCCGCAGGAGCCUUGGUCCGGACGCUGCGGGCCCUCAGCUAGGGCUGGAUGGUCCUGGAGAGCCAGAUAUACGGGACGGCUUCAGCGCCACGUUUGAGAAGAUUGUGGAGUCGGAGCUGCUGCGGGGCACCCAGUACAGCAGCCUGGACUCCCUAGACGUGUUGAGCCUCACGGACGAAAGUGACAGCUGCGUCAGCUUUGAGGCUCCCCUCACACCCCUCAUCCAGCAGCGGGCCCGUGACAGCCCUGAGCCAGGGACUUCCUUGGGCAUUGGGGACGUGGGGUCCGAGGGGGACCUGGGAGCAGCUGGCGGUGACGGGGAGCUGGGCAGCCCCCUGCGGCGAUCCAUCUCCAGUAGCCGCUCGGAGAACACCCUGAGCCGCCUGUCUCUCACGGCCGUGCCCAAUGGCUUCCAUGAAGACGGACCCCAGGGCCCCGGCGGGGAGGAGGAGGAGGAGGAGGAGGAGGAGGAUACGGACAAGUUGCUGAGCUCAACCAGUGACCCCAGCCUAAAGGAUGGCCUGUCUGACUCGGACUCAGAGCUGAGCAGCUCGGAGGGGCUGGAGCCUGGCAGCACGGAUGCGCUGGCCAACGGGUGCCAGGGGGUCAGCGAAGCUGCUCGCCGGCUGGCUCGCCGCCUCUACCACCUCGAGGGCUUCCAGCGCUGUGACGUCGCCCGGCAGCUGGGAAAGAACAACGAGUUCAGCAGGCUGGUGGCCGGGGAGUACCUCAGCUUCUUCGACUUCUCGGGCCUGUCUUUGGACAGAGCGCUCAGAACCUUCCUGAAGGCCUUCCCGCUGAUGGGGGAGACGCAGGAGCGAGAGCGGGUCCUUACUCACUUCUCCCGCCGGUACUGCCAGUGCAACCCUGACGACAGCACCUCAGAAGAUGGCGUCCACACGCUCACCUGUGCCCUGAUGCUGCUCAACACGGACCUGCACGGACAUGUGAACAUUGGCAAGAAGAUGUCCUGCCAGCAAUUUAUUGCCAACUUGGACCAGCUGAAUGAUGGCCAAGACUUUUCCAAAGACCUGCUGAAGACCCUCUACAACUCCAUCAAGAAUGAAAAGCUGGAAUGGGCCAUCGAUGAGGAUGAACUGAGGAAAUCCCUGUCGGAGCUGGUGGAUGACAAGUUUGGGGCCGGCACAAAGAAGGUGACACGGAUCCUGGAUGGUGGCAACCCCUUCCUGGAUGUCCCACAGGCUCUCAGUGCUACCACCUACAAGCAUGGAGUGCUGACUCGGAAGACUCACGCCGACAUGGAUGGCAAGAGGACGCCCCGUGGGAGGCGUGGCUGGAAGAAAUUCUACGCGGUGCUCAAGGGGACCAUCCUGUACCUGCAGAAGGAUGAGUACAGGCCUGACAAAGCUCUGUCUGAGGGUGACUUGAAGAACGCCAUUCGCGUGCACCAUGCUCUGGCCACCAGGGCCUCCGACUACAGCAAGAAGUCCAAUGUGCUCAAGCUGAAGACAGCCGACUGGAGGGUCUUCCUGUUCCAGGCACCGAGCAAAGAAGAAAUGCUGUCCUGGAUCCUUAGGAUCAACCUGGUGGCUGCCAUCUUCUCAGCCCCGGCCUUCCCAGCUGCUGUCAGCUCCAUGAAGAAGUUCUGCCGGCCCCUGCUGCCCUCCUGCACCACUCGCCUGUGCCAGGAGGAGCAGCUGCGUUCUCAUGAGAAUAAGUUGAGGCAGGUGACUGCAGAGCUGGCCGAGCACAGGCGUCACCCAGUGGAGAGGGGCCACAAAUCCAAGGAGGCGGAGGAGAGCCGGCUGAAGGAGCACUAUCUCACGUUUGAGAAAAGCCGUUAUGAGACCUACAUCCACCUCCUGGCUAUGAAAAUCAAAGUGGGCUCAGAUGACCUGGAGCGGAUUGAGGCCCGGCUGGCCGCCCUGGAAGGGGAUGACCCUUCCCUCCGAAAGACACACUCAAGCCCUGCCCUCAGCCAGGGCCACGGAACUGUGACUGGCAGCAAAGCCAUGAAGGAUGCCCCUGGAACUGAUACUUAGCUGGCAUGGAUGGGCAGGCCCCAGAGGCAGGCAAAUGCCCCCGGAGGGGUUAGAGAGCACAAGUCCAGCCAGGGGCCACUUGGACCAGCUCCAUGCAAUUGGCGGGCAGCCAGAGGGGUGCGGAGAGCCCCGAGGGCCAAGGACAUGGAGAUGCUCUUCAUGGCAUUGAUUUUACAUCCUGGGGCUUCUCUGGACCUCAUACCCUCUCACCGGCCCUUAAAUCCCUCUCCACCGUGGAGCCUCAUUUUGUAGGCCGGCUGUGUGCAUGUUCUAGAUACCAUCUCACUGGUGGAGCAGAAAGGGCAGUUGACUUCUGAGGCCCUUGUCUUCUUACAAGUUCUUCCCUCAUCUCUGUUGUUUCUGAGGGCAGGUCUUGACUCCAGGACUCACCUUGGACUCCCACCCUUUCUCCCCUCCGUCCUCUGAAUUGACCAGCAGCAGGUCUGCAGACCACCAGCACUAUCCUCUCUCCUUCCACCCAUCAACCUCCGGAAUCACACGCUGUUCUCCCUGUCUCACAUCACAACAAUCCGGGACUCUCCAUGCCAAGCUGUCUCUGCCCACGUGUGCGUCCACCUCACCUUCCAUCCAUUGAGGCCACUACUGCUUUCUUUUAUAUGAACAGAAAUGUAUAUAUAUAGGAAUUAUAUAUAUCUAUAUAUAUAUAUAAGGACCCCCUUUAAAGAUGGUUUUGGAAUUGUGUUAUCAGUUAGAUGAUGAAAUAAGAUAAAGGAAAAGCCUCAUUCAGGGCUGCUAUCUGGCCCCCUGGUGGCCCCGACACCCCGGGAGGGAAGGCAGAGAUAGUGCCGAUCUCCUCUCGCUCCCUUUUUUCCCUCCUCCGGCUGACCUGUGACUUAUGUUGCUCUUACAGUUGAUGUUUUGGAAUAAAUAGACAGUGUGUGUGUGUGCGCGCCACCCCAUCUCUCCCACAGGUAUCAGUCAUGGUGUGAAUGGGAUGGGACCGUGGCUCUGUUUAUUUUUUGGUCUUUAUGUUGGUGCUGCCAGGUCUCUGAGCUCCAGAGGUGGCCUCUUGUUCAGAUCUACUGUUACAGGAAUAAAAGGCACUCUGCCUUGCAAAUAGCCACUUGUCAACAAGCCCAAAGAUGUUUGGUGGCGGAAGGUAAUGGAAGCCGUUAGUCCCUGGUCUUGGGAGAAGGUGAAAUGACAAGUUGCUGACUUUUUUAGGCCGAUAUUUCUUUCACUCUUCUAGUGACUCAGACAUGCUAAGGACACGUCUGGGAAGAAAGAAAUUUGCCACACGAUGAUCACAAACUAGCACCCUUUAAACGCUGCACUCAGACAAUUGGUGGGGCUGAAGGCACCCUCAGUGCAGGUGCGAUGAGUAAACCCUUUCUAAUUUUUAAACAGAUUACUGUAGUUUGGUCAGCAAUUUGACCUCACUGGUAACAUAUUUCAUUAAUAACUCAACCUUGGGACUAAGCACCCAACAUUUAUAAACCCACUCACAUUUGAUGCAGGGUACAUGUGAGUCUAUGAAGAGAUGUAGUGAGUUAAAUCCAGAUUAUUUAAGUUGGAUCAAUUGAAGUGUAUUUUACAUUCAAACCAUCUGGCCCCUUCAUUUUGCUGAGGGGAGUUAAACGGACAUUUAAGUGAAAUUGAAAGAGCAGUGUGGCAAUAUAGAGAACUGUCUGUACUUUCCCCAUACUGUCUCAAAGGUCAUUUGAUUUUUGGGGUCAGCUUCCCAUUGUCCAUCUCCUGAGGGCAGGUGAGUGAAAGCAGAGGAGCAAGGCCUCUCUGCUGCCGACAGAUGUGCUUCCCUGAGCACUAGUUGUGCCUCCCAGCAGUAAAAAAAAAUUUUAGUUCACGUUCUUAAUUGUAUCAUUAUUUAUUGUAAAUUAUAUACAUGUACUCCUGUACUAAAAUAUUAUGUACAUUAUAA